UUGGCAGGGGCCAUUACUCUGCUGGAGACAGAAAUGCAGGACAAAACAUGAAGCCUUGAUAGAGAAUCUCGAGUCAGCAGAGUCGCUUCUUUCUGAAAUGCUUUGUGCCAGUGCAUCCAACUUUAUUGCUGGUGCAUUUGUUUUCAGGGGCAAUUAACAGUGCCUGCAAGCUCGUUAAAGGGCCCAGUGGCAACUUGCACAUUUCAGUCUUUUGUAGAUAAGCAUGUCCUUCUUCUGCUGUUGUCACCGGCCCCCAGGUACUUCAGGAGAGAGGGAACCUCUUACUGCGCAGUACACAAGGCAACCCUCUCAAAACACUGGUGUCUUCAGUAAGGAGGGAACCCUUGCCAUGAAAACAGUAAAUGUGCUUGAGAUUGACACGCUGUUUUCAGAUAUCUCUGAAACUUUCAACAAGCAAUACAGGGAUCACUGUGCCAUGGAGGAAGCUAUCCGAAGACUGAAAGAGGCUUCUGGCUGUGCUCCCACGAGCAGCCUGACAGAAUGUAUAGACAAUAUAGAGCGGGAACACGGUGCCUGCAGUUUGCAGGUGCACAUGGAUGGCUAUAGCUUUUCACUCAUUGUAAAGGAGAAAGAAGUGCCUGCAGACCUGGAGCAGGCCCAACAGCAGGUGUGGGAACUGAAUCGUGCCACAAAGCAUGUCAUUGCUACAGAAACAAAACUCCAGGAAAUGAUCUGUUCAGUGCUUCAGAGCCAGAGUCAGCUGGCAGAGAGAAUGAAGGCCGCAAACCCAGAGUACCUGGAUCAGGUACGGCUAGACGCUAAUCUGAGAGAGAAUAUCCAGACCGUGAGCCAGGCCAAAGAGCUCUCCAAGCAGUACGGCAAAGAUGCCAGCAGCGUGCUGAAAGAAAUGGCUCACCUAGCUGGUAUGAUCCUGUAAAAGGUUCAAAAGUAAGGAUCCAGCUGGUAUUUAUACCUUCCCCUUUGUACCUAAAAUCUACAGUGCGCCAAAGAGCACACCUUGGUACAGCCGUGAUUAUCUGGGCAAUUAGCACACGUAUAGGUAGUUGUACUAGGUCUGGUUUAUUUAGCCAAGGAACCUGAAUCAGGAGAGUAGGAUUUCUUCUCAAGGGGCUGAAGUGAUGGACAAAUAUAUGUCCUCCUUUUCAUCUGCCAAGCACUCAAGCCCUUUUGCAGGGUUUCAGCCCACCAUCACCUCCAGUGCUACUUAAAUAUCUGCAGAACCAGAGAAGUACAAAUUAAUGAGAGUUAGGCCUGAAUAUAGCCCAGAGACCAUAUGUGGCUUAUCUAAAGCCACCUAGAUAAAACAGUUUAUAUAAGAAUUCAAAAGUCCCACCCCUUUUUUCUAGGUUCAACAAAGCUGUCUUCCAAACCGAAGGCAUUCCCUCAUGAUAAAACUAGGUGCUCAGACCAAGGCUUAAAAAUU